CGCGCAGGUUCCAAAGACACGCGAGACCUCGGCGCCAUUUUGAGAAGUCAGCGAGAGUUGCGGGAUUAUUUCUAAAUUAGCUAGCUAACUUUGCGUGCACCGUUGACGAUUGAUUUAGAUAGCUUGAUAUUUAUACAGCCAUUUGUUAUAUACCGUUAAACGGCUUUUCUUCAGUUAGCUAGCUAGGGAAGUAGUAAUCUUCGGAUGUCGGGGGAUAAUAUGUCGGGAGGCGGGAGCGUGGUUCGUGGCCCAGCGGGAAACAACGACUGUCGGAUCUACGUGGGUAACCUACCGCCUGAUAUUCGAACCAAAGACGUAGAGGAUGUGUUCUAUAAGUACGGAGCGAUCCGGGAUAUCGACUUGAAGAACCGGAGAGGAGGACCGCCGUUCGCUUUCGUGGAAUUCGAGGACCCCAGAGAUGCUGAUGAUGCAGUGCACGGUCGUGAUGGUUACGACUACGAUGGUUACCGUCUCCGGGUGGAGUUCCCCCGUAGUGGUCGUGGCGGGGGGAGAGGGGGGAUGGGCGGUGGAAGGGGCGGGGGUGACGGAGGAGGACCCAGAGGAAGAUAUGGACCUCCAUCACGACGCUCUGAGUACCGGGUCAUCGUCUCCGGUCUCCCCUCUAGUGGUAGCUGGCAGGACCUAAAGGACCACAUGCGCGAGGCAGGUGAUGUAUGUUAUGCUGACGUGUUCCGGGACGGUACCGGCGUGGUGGAGUUCGUACGCAAGGAGGACAUGACCUACGCUGUCCGCAAGCUGGACAACACCAAGUUCCGCUCCCACGAGGGAGAGACUGCGUACGUGCGUGUGAAGGUGGAUGGACCUCGCAGCCCCAGUUACGGACGCUCCCGCUCUCGUAGCCGUAGCAACGGGCGUAGCAACAGCCGCUCACUCAGCUUCUCACCGCCGCGACGCAGCCGGGCCUCUCCACGCUACUCACCACGACACUCGCGCUCCCGUUCCCGCACCUAGAUACACACACCUCCAGGACCCCCGGCCCAGCGGACCCCCAGCCCAGGGAGAGGGAUGUGAGAUCAUCAGACCAGGAGACUCAGACAGACGCCCUCCGGUUUCAUCUUCUAAUGCGUUACAUCAUUCUAGCGUUCUGCUGUUCCUCUUGCCUCGCCUUCCUCUUCUUCUUCUUCUUCCUCUCCAUCUGUUCUUUCAUCCCCUUUGUUUUUGGUCUAGUUUGCUACAGAUGUUAUUAUAAUUUUUUUAAUUCAUGAUCUCUGUUCUCUUUUGUAUCUGCUGCCCCCCCCCUCCAUCUGCCUCAUGUCUCCUUCCUCUUUACAGUCCUGCCCUCCCAUCUCCGUGUCCCCCUCCCAUCUCCGUGUCCCCCUCCCAUCUCCGUGUCCCACUCCCAUCUCCGUGUCCCACUCCCAUCUCCGUGUCCCACUCCCAUCUCCGUGUCCCACUCCCAUCUCCGUGUCCCACUCCCAUCUCCGUGUCCCACUCCCAUCUCCGUGUCCCACUCCCAUCUCCGUGUCCCACUCCCAUCUCCGUGUCCCACUCCCAUCUCCGUGUCCCACUCCCAUCUCCGUGUCCCACUCCCAUCUCCGUGUCCCACUCCCAUCUCCGUGUCCCACUCCCAUCUCCGUGUCCCACUCCCAUCUCCGUGUCCCACUCCCAUCUCCGUGUCCCACUCCCAUCUCCGUGUCCCACUCCCAUCUCCGUGUCCCACUCCCAUCUCCGUGUCCCACUCCCAUCUCCGUGUCCCACUCCCAUCUCCGUGUCCCACUCCCAUCUCCGUGUCCCCCUCCCAUCUCUCCCAUCUCUCCACCUCUUUGUCUUCGUGUUAUGGCUGCUGGGGGAAGGUGUCAUGAGGGAUGGAGGGAUGGGGUGGAGACGGGAAAGAGGGAGGUUUUGUGUUGAUGGAGGGAUGGUUUGAUUGUGUUCUGAUAGGCUUUUGGGACACAGGAACAGGAAACAGUUUAUAUUAGCAUUAACAGGAGGAGGAGGAGUCAAAUAACCAGCCAAUGCUAUGACGACAGUAGUCUUUCACCCAAUUAGCUUUCUGACCUGUUUAUUUUUAUGAUCCAGUUAUCACUGUUAAUAAAUGUUUUAAAACGGCA